AUGAAUUUGUCUGGUUAUCAAAUAUCUGCGUAUUGACGCUCGCUAAUUUCUCCUACUCAUAAUGAUAAGUGACAUUCCUGAAUCCCUUAAAACCAACAAGGAUAUCGUCCCAUACAUCGUCAGAUCCAAUGAGUUGGAAGAUAUCAACCCCAUUGUCAGCUACUACUGCAAGAUCUACGUGUUGGAACACAUUCUCAAUAAGAAACUCCAUAAGGAUGACAAGGAGGUAGAAGCAUUCACCAUCCAUUUGUUGGAUGACACAGAGCUCAUGAAGACAUCGGACGACGACUCGCUCACGAAGGUGUUGAACGACAAGAACCUCUCCAUCAACGUUGUUUUUUCGUUCUCAUUGAAGAUCUUCAAUGGAUGUAUUCAUGAGUUGAACAACUAUACCGGUGCUAAGUUAGCACUUGUCAACAAGAUCAAAGCGUGUUUGAACUUUAUGAGUUUGACAGAGGUUUUCAAGAACGACGACAUUGACUUCAGCAGCUUAACGGGUGGGAAGUAUACGAGUUAUGACGAAUUCAAUAAGUUUAAUAAGGAUAGAAUCAAGUUGUUAAAAUACAAUUUGAGCAAGCUCAUCAAGGAUGAAAUCGAGAUUAAGGGAGAGCAGGACGAGUUAGAUCAAGAGUUGCAACGGAUGGAGAGCGAGUUUAAGGAGGCUGAGGAUGAAGAACCCAAGGAGGCUGAGGAUGAAACAUCCAAGGAAGAUUUGCCCCAAGAAACCCUUCCGAGUUUGGGACUGCCAGAGAUCAAGGCCUCCAGCGAAGACCCUCCGCAGUUCAUUGACAGUGAGCCAGAAGAACCCGUGACUUUGCCAGGAGUGCCCCAUUUUUCACCAGAUGACGAUAAUGACAUAAAGCUUCCUGGAGCUCCUCAAUUCCUCCCCCACGACGAUUUGAGCCAUAUAAACAAGACAUCAGCCAUCCAUGUGUUUGAGCCUGAAAAAGACGACCCCCAGAAGAAGGAGCCUCCGAAGCCCCAAUCCAAACCACAAAAGAAACCUGUUCAUGGGCAUGCUCCCAUCACCAAAGAGCACAUCAACUCAAUUCUUGAUAGGCAGGAACUGAUGACAAAGGCACAAAAGCACUGUAAGUUUGCGGUGUCGGCAUUGAACUACGAGGACUUGGAUACGGCUGAGAAGGAGGUUCUCCAGGCGUUGGAGAUGAUUCGGUUAGUGAAACAGGCUGGAACAGAAUGAAGGAAAGUAAAUACCAAACACGUCAGAUAGUACACUGGCUGCUAAUUAGGCACCAGUGCAUAAUAUAAACAAGCUCACCACACGCAUUCGGUAAUGGGUGCAGAUGCAUUCGUGUGCAUCUCCCGCAGACCAUAUACGACACCUCAAGCGCACAUU